ACGCGGAGGGGGCGGAGGAGCGAGCGAGCGAGCGAGAGAGCGCGAGCGAGUCCGCGGCGGCCGCGGCCACAGAGAAAUGGCGGAGACCGUAGCGGACACCCGGCGGCUCAUCACCAAGCCGCAGAACCUGAACGACGCCUACGGGCCGCCCAGCAACUUCCUGGAGAUCGACGUGAGCAACCCGCAGACCGUGGGGGUCGGCCGCGGCCGCUUCACCACCUACGAGAUCAGGGUCAAGACAAAUCUGCCUAUCUUCAAGCUGAAGGAAUCCACUGUUAGAAGAAGAUACAGUGACUUUGAAUGGCUUCGAAGUGAAUUAGAGAGAGAAAGCAAGGUUGUCGUCCCCCCGCUCCCUGGGAAAGCAUUUCUGAGGCAGCUUCCUUUUAGAGGAGAUGAUGGAAUAUUUGAUGACAAUUUUAUUGAAGAGAGAAAGCAAGGACUGGAACAGUUUAUAAACAAGGUCGCUGGUCAUCCUCUGGCACAGAAUGAACGUUGUCUUCACAUGUUUUUACAGGAUGAAAUAAUAGAUAAAAGUUAUACUCCAUCUAAAAUAAGACAUGCCUGAAAUGUGGCAAGAAGAGACAAAAUCGUGACCAUUGAUGAUUCAUAUGCACCAGUGACAAAGUUGUAACUAACAGCAUGCUGCACAGAGGCCAGUCUAACAUGCCCUGGUAUCUUAACACUCAUAUGCUCCGUUUGUUUGGUUUUGGCACUUGACAAGAAGUUAAUUUGCUUUAGUGAAGAAAUCCCUCACACAGCCUUUCUCUGAAUAGCUCUCCCUCGCGUUGCUGUGCACACUGUAGCCUCCCAGCCGCCCCCAUAGCUUACGCCGUCCUAACUAAAGCUGCUCACUUGGUCUGAUCUGAAGUUUUUGUGUCAUGUCUGCUUCUUGAAUCUGGUUGACUAGAAAUUUCCUCCUCCCCCUUUAAUGUGUACUGUCGCUUGAUCCUGAUUUAUGUGUAGGAGCACUACACCACUUGUUUCCAGUGCCACACGUAUAAGAUACACUCUCGUGUGCUGAAUGUAUCUUCCUUCUGGCCUGUGAUCCCUUUCACAUGGAAGAUUAAUGAGGGAAAUCUUUAUAUUCUGUAUAAAAACAAAAUCAAAUUUAUAUACUAAAAUCAUUUGUCUAAAAAUUUAAGUUGUUUUCAAAUAAAAGUAAAAUGCAUUUCUGAGAUGCA